UCACAACAUGCACAGCAUUGCACAGAAGUACCUUGGUGAGCUAAGAUGAAAUAAUGAGGAGGCUUUACGGCUUCAUCUGACCCGCAUAAGCGAGGUUGAUAGAUCUCAUUCAAGCAUGUGGAUCACUUUGCCCGACGCGGUCAGAUCGACGCCUCCCUUUGAAGCCACAUUCCAGCCACACCUCGUACCUCUCGUGUCCCCUUUAAAACCCGCGUCAGCCUGCUUUUUUAAUUCUGCAUCCCUGACUUUUCCUACGACCACGAGUCAAUCAUGGGUCUCAGCGGUUGGACCGGUGCAUGCUGCCUGGGUCUGCAACGACUCCUCGGCGCGAACCAGACAUUCUCGGAAGGCACUGCAGCCUACAACGCCUCCCUUGCAUCCUAUUUCGCCCAGCAGGAAUCGCAACUGUACCCCAGUUGUAUCGUGGCCCCGACCACUGUCGACGGUGUCGCCACUGCGGUCCAAUACCUGACCGCCAAUGCCACCUGCGACUUUGCAAUCCGAUCCGGCGGCCACAUCGUGGUCGAAGGGGCAGCCAACAUUGCCGACGGCGUGACCAUCGACCUGCGCGGCCUCGACUCCAUUGGAGUCAGUGAUGACCGGUCCACCGUGACCGUCGGCGUCGGCGCCACCUGGGGUGAUGUCUACAAAGCCCUCGACCCGCUCAACCUCACCGUAGCCGGCGGUCGCGUCGGGCAAGUGGGCGUGGGCGGGUUGACCACCGGGGGCGGCAUCUCCUACUUCUCGCCCCGCUACGGCUGGACCUGCGACACGGUCGUCGACUUUGAAGUCGUGCUGGCUAAUGGAUCCGUCGUUCAUGCCAAUGAACAGGAGAACCCCGAGCUUCGGGUUGCCCUGUGCGGAGGAUCGAACAACUUCGGAGUUGUCACGCACAUUCAGCUGACGGCCAUCGAGCAGGGCCAGAUAUGGGCCGGGUUGGCUUACUACUCCUUCGACACGGUUGACGAGCAGCUGGAGGCGACGGCCGAUUUCAGCAACGCUGACACCUACGACGACUUUGCGUCGUUGAUUGUCAGCUUUGGCUUCUCCAGCACGCAAGGCGCCGCGCUUGUCAACAGUCUGGUGUACACGAAGCCGGAAGCGAAUCCGCCCGCGUUUCAGCCGUUCACUGCCAUACCUUCAGCGAUUAACACGUUGCGCCUAACCAAUAUGUCCGAUAUCUCAACGGAACAGGGCUCUUUCCAGCCGAAUGGCGAACGUCAGUUGUGGCUGGUCACGACCUUCUGCACCAGCGUUCCCAUGCUCAACGCGACGUACCGUCACUGGAACGAGAGCCUGGCCGCUGUUCAGGAUGUGACCAAUGUGACGUGGUCGUUAUCGCUGGAGCCAUUGCCGUCCGCCAUCUAUGCAAGAGGCAGCAACACCAAUUCAUUGGGGCUAUCAGAUGCAACCGGUUCACUGAUGAUCGUGCUGCUGAGCGCUAGCUGGGUUGACGAAGCGGAUGAUGCGCAAGUGGAGACAGCGGCUCGUGUCCUCUUCGAGGCCAUCGAAGAUGACGCCCACGAGCGGAAGGCCUACUAUCCCUUUAAGUAUCUUAAUUAUGCAGCCCAAUGGCAGGAUCCGAUCGCCAGCUAUGGCGAUGACAGUGUGGAACAGCUGUGGCGAGUUUCCCGGGCAGUGGAUCCCGAGGGUGUCUUCCAGCACCAGGUUCCGGGUGGGUUCAAGCUUCCUGUUUGA